AUGCUACUUCAAUUGCAGAUUAUCCAUGGAAGCACCGUAUCUCGAAUUGGUUUAGGAACAAUCCUCCUCCUCCUUUUCCUGUUGUUGUGCCUUUCUUUCUAUUGCAUAGGAGACGAUAUAUAUCGUCCCAACGACCUCUUCGGCAUCAGCUGUGGCUCAUCCACCAACUUCUCCACGCUCGAUACUCGGAAUUGGACUGCAGACAUCAAAUUCCUCUCUCCAACCCACCAAGCAGUUGCUGCUCCUCCACUCACACCAUCUACCCAACAGGGUCCUUACAACUCCGCUCGUCUCUCUCAAUCCCAAUUCACCUACUCAUUCCCUGUCACCCCAGGCCCUAAGUUCCUUCGCCUUUUCUUCUUCUCAACUUCAUACCCCAACUUUGAUCGCUCCAAAGCCUGUUUCACUGUCCAAGCAGGCCCAUACACCCUCCUUCAAGAUUUUAAUGCUUCCCUUAAUGCGGACGCUGAUGACGACCCUGGCAACACCAACGUCUUGUUCAGAGAGUUUUGCGUCCACGUAGGAGAUGGUGAGAGGCUCAAAAUAACAUUCAUUCCCAGCGCCACAGAUUCGUAUGCUUUCAUUAAUGGAAUCGAGAUUGUUUCCAUGCCCUCUUAUCUCUACUACACCAAUCCUAAAGUCCACACCGCUGAAUUGCCACGUUUUGUUGGAGGAGAAACAUAUGAAGUUGAUAACAACUCGGCUCUCGAAACGAUGUACCGGUUAAGAUGUGGGGACGCAAUUAUUCCCGCCUCAGGGGACACGGGUAUGCUCAGGAUCUGGGAUGUGGAUACUAAAUAUGUAAUUUCUCAAAGUGUAGAAUCUAUUGAUUUUGGCCAUAAAACUAACCUAAGCUUCACUGAGAAGACGCCUAACUACACGGCACCAGACCUUUUGUACCGAUCCUUAAGGAAUAUGGGACCUAAUGCCUCUAUUAACAUUAGCUUCAACCUCACAUGGCGGCUUCCUGUUGAUCCUGGUUUCACCUACAUGCUAAGGUUACACUUUUGCCAGCUUAACCCGCUAGUUAAUCAGUCUGGUGACAUGAUCUUCCUCAUCUUCAUUCAGGAUCAUUUGGUUGAAAACAUGGUAGAUAUUUUCUCUUGGACUGAUAAACAGAGGGGUGUACCAGUGGUUAGAGACUACGCAGUUAACAUCUCAGCCAAAGGGAAUCAGAAAAAGGCAUAUAUUUCUCUGAAAAUGAGGCCUCACCCUCAAAGCAAGAUCAUGGACGCACAGCUAAACGCAAUUGAACUCUUCAAAAUUAACGAUCCAACAGGUAAUCUCGCUGGACCUGACCCAGACCAUCUUCCACAAACCCCAAAUGAUCAAAUGUCAACCAAGAAAAACAACAGCACCAUGAGAACACUUGUUUCCGUUGCAGGGGCAGUUUCCAGUGUCGUUUUGUUCUCCUUCAUUAUCGCUUUCCUCCUCAUUAAACGCCGGAAGAACGUCGCCGUCAACAAGGGUUCCAGUAAAAAAUACAGAACUUCUCGGGGCAGCAGCUCAUUAUCGAUUCCAACCGACCUCUGCCGCCACUUCUCAAUUGCAGAAAUGAGAGCCGCCACCAACAACUUCGAUGAAGUCUUCGUGGUUGGCGUGGGAGGCUUCGGCAACGUGUACAAAGGCCAGAUCGACAACGGCUCAACUACUGUCGCAAUCAAAAGGCUGAAACCGGGUUCCCGCCAAGGUAUUCGCGAGUUCAGAAACGAGAUCCAAACGCUUUCUCCACUUCGUCAUCCCAAUAUCGUUUCCCUCAUCGGUUACUGUUACGAGGGCAACGAGAUGAUCCUCGUUUACGAUUUCAUGGAUCACGGAAGCCUCCGUGACCAUCUCUACGACACUGAUAACCCAUCUUUGUCGUGGAAACAUAGGCUCCAGAUCUGCAUAGAUGUUGCGCGAGGAUUGCAUUAUCUGCAUAGAGGGGCGAAGCAGGUGAUCAUUCAUCGUGACGUGAAGAGCACCAAUAUCUUGUUGGAUGAGAAAUGGGUGGCCAAGGUUUCAGAUUUCGGACUAUCCCGAAUUGGGGAGCCCACCGGCAUUUCGAUGAGCAUCGUGAGUGUGAACACUGAGGUGAAAGGUAGCAUCGGGUAUUUAGACCCGGAGUAUUACAAGCGAUUCCUUUUGACGGAGAAGUCCGACGUGUACUCGCUUGGGGUGAUGUUGUUGGAGGUGUUAUCAGGGAGGCAACCUUUGCUCCAUUCUGAGGAGAAGCAACGAAUGUCACUUGUUAAAUGGGCGAAACAUUGCUAUGAGAACGGUUCUCUGACUGAGAUUGUGGAUGAAGAACUCAAGGGCAAGUUAGCACCUCAGUGUUUGCGCAAAUUUGUUGAGGUUGCACUGAGUUGUUUGCUUGAGGAUGGGACUCAACGACCUUCCAUGAACGAUCUCGUUGAGCUGUUGGAGUUUGCUCUUCAGCUUCAGGAUGAUGUUGUUAAUUGCGCGGUGGAGAGUCCUGUUAAUUUUGAAGAUGUACAGUAG